AACAACGCUGCCUCGUUAGAAAAUCCACGAUUUUCAAAAAUCCGUAAACAAUGAGCGACCCAAAGCCAAAAUCACCCCGCAAGCGUCGCUCACGUGGCCGCCACCGCCGCCGGCAGUCCUUCCAACCGAAAGGCGCUAAAAGCAUCCAACCUAGCCCGGCCCGCGCCAUCGAACCCCACGACAACGUCACCCCAGAACCGGAACCCGUAGAGGUUGCGUCCACGCCACAUCGACCCAAGCUCCAGCUCAAUCCGGACUACAUCCAGGAAGAGCUGGAAAUCCAAAACUCGCUGGAGCGGUUCGCACUGGACGAGAAAGCGGGCAAGCUGGACGAGUACGACCGAGAGGUGCUGUUCUUCGUGGACGCCGUGCCGGAAGUGUUUUACGAUGCUUUGGGAAAUGGUGCGGCGGAAAGGUCUCCCUCGAUUCCGUCGGAGGCGAACGAUCCGGACUCGCCGGGUCAUUUGGCGUCUUCGUACAUUCAAACAGAUGGCAAUCAGGUGAUUGAGCGGUAUCGGCUGGAGAAGAUGGUGUUUGAGGAUGGGAAUUUGUUGUAUGUUCCUGGGAAGGAGCUUCCCGAAGGUAGAGGGAUGCUCGAGGAAGUGACUGUCAAUUCGGAUGGAGGGAGUGCUGGGGCAGGCAGUUUGGUUCCGGUGAAACCGGAUUUGGAUGGAGCGAACAAGUCGCGAAUGAUCAAUCGGCUGAUCGAGGAGGAGCAGGAAGAGUGGUUCGAUGCUUGUGGAGAUCUGGUGAACUUGCAGAACUUCAUCACGGACAAACGGGUGAAGGGAGUCUGCGGUAAGAAGUUUACCCCGUUCUUCGUGGAACCGAUUCCAAUGUCGCAAACAACCGAGCAACUUCCGAUGGAGCGAACGGUCAAGAUUCUGAUUGGAAAGCUGCGCUUCGAGAAUCAUCCCUCGUUUGACGAAGUGGUCAAGCUGAGGUUGAAGCUGGAGCAGCUCUACAAGCAGUACUACACGAAUCGCAAGUUGAAGGUCGUGUCGGUACUGCAGAAAAAGUUGGCCGAUCUUCGGCGUGUGACGGUGGAUGAAGCGGAGCAAUCUUUUUCAUACAAAAUCCAACGACGCGAGCUGCGUAAGCUUGCUUACAAGGAAGCGAAAGCCGAACGACAGCUGGAGAAGCAGAUCGUGGAGAUUUGGAAAGAGCUGAAAGACAAAAAGUCCGACCAAGGGCUCAAAAUGACCAUAACGAGCGAAGAGGUGUCCGACGUCGAAGAGGAUCGCGCCCGCUGGAACGAACGGUACACGGUCGAGCUGGAGGAAACGCUCGAGGAGGAGCAUGAACUUUAUGCAAAAGAGAAGCAAGACUACAAGCUGUACCUGCGCGAUCUGGAGCAGCACGCGGACGAGUCCAAGCUAGUGCAGAAGCCUCGCAAGCCGGAUCUGUCCCGAUUGCGACAGGAAUUUAAGAAAACCUUCGAGGAAUCGUUUCGUGGACCGGGAGAAGCUAUUGUGGAUCUGACGCUGCAGAAAGACCCCCAAAGCAGCUACGAAUCGAACCUGCGGAAGGAUUUGCGCUUUAAGAUCAAGUUCUUCAUCGACGGCAAUCAUGUUGCGUCGACGAAGGCUCGCCAGUUCCAGAGCGAUUCGCUGGUGGACUUUAACACGUCGUUCUCGAUCAAGCUGACGACGAAGAUUCCGGAAUCGAUGAAGAUCGAGCUGUACGAGAAGAACCGGUUGAAGAAGCUGAAGUUGACGGAGGUGUUUGUACCGUUGCCGAAUUCUUCGGAGCUGUUUGAUGAUGUGGAGAGUGUGCAGUACGAGUUUACUUCCGGGAAGUUGAUCAAGCAGAACGAGUUCCGGAAUGGAAAGGUUGACUUGAGGGUGGGUUGGUUGGAGCAAGCGGGGUCAGAUUUUCCGAGUCCGUCGACGAGGAGGAACAUUCCGAAGAGGAUUCAGCUUUCGAAGGAGCUGAUCGAGAAGUGGCUGGAGGAGCAGUUGCUGGAUCCAACCGAUUCCGAUGCGGAGAUGUUGAUGAAAGCGUUGGAGCAGAAUGAAGAGGCAGACUCGGAUGACGAGAAGGAUGAUCUGCAGGAGAAGGACGAAGCGUUCGUGUUCAACGAGGAUUUGCUGGCGUUUUGCUCGGAAGACGAGAUCAACAACAACGAACGGCUGAACAUGCUGAGUCAGCGCUUCCAGAACAACUUGAAGUACAAAGAUCUGAAGUUUAUACCGCAAGUCGAGCGGGAGAUCGAGGUGCCGGACGAGCUGAAGAUCAUCGACGAAACGCUCGGCACGGAUCCGAUCGAUCUGCAGCGCCAUCGCGGCAAGAAGUACCUCAAGAAGGUGUACGACACCAUAACCAACCACUGCAACGUGAUCAACCAGGACAAGAUCGACGAUAACCUGCUGAUUGGGGAUCAGAUCCCCACGUUCGGCUCGUUGAGUCUGGCGUUUCUUGAGAUCUUUGGCCCUCGGAGACCGCUGAAACCGUCGCGAAGAUCGCCGAUGAGCCGCGCCUCGAUCCGGGUGUCAGAUGUGAACCAGUUCAAGAUAAUCGUGACCGUGGUGCGAGCGUUUGGGAUCCCGAUGCGCUCGGAGGAUCAUCAGGUCUCGUCGUCGGCUGGACGGAGGAAUAGCAACCUUUCGUCCACAAAGUUUUCUUUCCGUGCCUCCAACGUUCGACCGUACAUUACGAUCUCGAUCAAGGACAAGGUUCUCCGGACGUCCACGGCCGACGGAACAAAUCCGACGUGGAACGAGCAGCUGGCGAUUUCUUUGGACGCCUCGAGCGAUCAGAUCCGCCGGUAUCUCAGUAUCGAUCUGUACGACGAGUUCAUGGAGGAUCUUUUGGAAGACGAUCGAGCGCGACCGACGGAGGUUUACCAGCGCAUUUCGAGCAAGUGGCUGGGACAGUUCCGGAUUCCGAUCAGCACCAUCUAUCUGAAUCAAAGGAUUGAAGGAACCUUCGAGAUCAAAACACCCCCGAUCCUGUUUGGUUACACGCGAUCUACCACCGGAUCGGAAGCCCCCGAGUACACCUCGAUGCUGAUCGGUUCCAGCCUGCCGGAUAUGCGGGAGCUAACGCACAUCUCCCUGUUCAUCAGUCUGGAACCGAACGUCGAAAUACCCACCUUCGACACGAACGGGCUGGAAUGCAUCGAGCUGGAGCAAACCAAGGCGCGGAUCUACCUCUGGUUCGAGGAGUACCGGAACGAGUUUCCGCAGCGUGCCCGGCUUCCGCUGGUGACGCUGCUCAGCGGAAAGCGGGUUUGCAUCACGCGACUGCUCGGCCCGGUCAACGUGCCGUUCGUGCUGGACGAAACCGUCGAGCGGAUGAUCCGGCGGUACGUCGCGUUGGUUCCGGUGUACUACAACACGGACGCGUGCUCGCAGCUAUCGGGCGUUUGGUUGACCAAUAAGGAAAUCCUCCACAUGAUGUGCGCUUCCCCGAAGGACUUGGGCGUGCUGCUGACCUGCUUCUACCUCAGCCUGGAGUACGACGCGUAUCUCGUUCUGGGGCAUAGUCUGCUGACCGGCGACAGCACCUUUGUCCUGUUGCGCGAGGGCGCCGAAUUCUACAUCGUCGAUCCGACCAGCGGCAAACGGUACCAGGCCACCGACACGUACUGCCCGCUGAGUCGGAUUUAUUUCAUCGUUAACCAGCAGAACGUGUGGGGCAACAUCCAGAGGGAGAAUCGGGUGUUUUUGACCCAGCUUGACGUUCACAAGUCCGGGUUUUGGAGGGCGCUGUUCAACAGGUCGGUGGAAGCUCCCAGCGGGUGUGUUCACGAACCUGCAUUUCUGUACAAAAGUGCGCUCGGGGUGCGGGAUUUGCAGCGGACGAUUAAGCGGAAGAUUAUCAAGAAAAUUGGAACUUGGAGAACGCACCGGAAGACGAUCUGGAAUCGGUAUAUCAGCGACCAACUCCGUUACGCCCUAUCGGCCCUAGAAGUGGACGCCUGUCUGGAGGCCAACACCGACCGCCACAUGGACGUGUUCAACCAGCUCUUCAUCUCGUACAGAAUCAACGGAUUUCCAAUCAACCUCCCGUACACGAACCUAUCAACUUUAGUAGCGCAAGUCCGCAGCACCGGAAUCCACCUAAACUCGGAACAAAAGGUCGAAUUCGCCCUCGGCGUCUACAUUAAGGACUACCCCGCCAACAUCUACUCCGUUUGGAUAUUUCUGGUUUCGCUUGUCCCAAAAAUCUAAACACAGGGAACCUGUCAUCGCGGAAUAACCGUAACUUCAUUGCCGUUUAAAUAAAUACAGAACUUUU